CGUCAUAAAAAUGCGACGGAGGGCAGCAACGUGCGAAAGAACGGACGUGUUAAGACAGUACUUUAUGGAGAAUCAUUUUGAAUCAAUUGUUUUCAUAUUUUAUUGACUAAGCGAUUGAAGAUGAGCGUGCAGAUGCCACAAAAGCGUUUCUACAGGCAACGAGCCCAUUCAAACCCUAUGGCCGAUCAUACUUUUGAAUAUCCCCUGUGUCCAGAGGAGAUGGACUGGUCUCAGUUGUACCCCCGGUUUUUCGGGUCGUCUCACAGUUGUCAGGACGAAUCUUCAGACAAAGGACAGGCCAGAGUGGAGUUCGCUGACAUCGGAUGUGGAUAUGGGGGGCUUCUUGUGGAGCUAUCGCCACUCUUUCCAAACCAGCUGAUUCUGGGUCUGGAAAUACGGGUCAAAGUGUCAGAUUAUGUGCAGGACAGGAUCCGCUCCCUCCGAGCUGCAAAACCAGGACAGUACCAGAACAUCGCCUGUUUGCGGAGCAACGCUAUGAAAUACCUGCCCAACUUCUUUGCCAAGGGACAGCUCAGCAAGAUGUUCUUCCUGUUCCCCGACCCUCAUUUCAAGAAGACCAAACACAAGUGGAGGAUCAUCAGCCCCACACUGCUGGCGGAGUACGCCUACACACUGAGAGUGGGGGGCCUGGUGUACACCAUUACGGACGUGGAAGAUGUGCAUCUUUGGAUGGUGACGCACUUCACGGAGCACCCCCUUUUCACAAGAGUUCCCCUGGAAGAGCUGGCUGAUGACAUCAUCAUUAAUCGCCUGGGAACGUGCACGGAGGAGGGAAAGAAAGUCCAGCGGAAUGGAGGGAAGAAUUUUCUGGCCAUUUUCCGCAGAGUGCAGGAUGAAGAAAUGCCUUCCUGAUGAGGCCUUCAUUCAGAUUCAGAUUCUUCAUUCUCAUUGAGCGUGUAGACUGCAGAACGCUCGCAGCUGACCUGUGGGAACAGCCUAAGCACAGUCCGAUUUGAUAUUUCAUACCCUUAAGACUGAGUUAUGCAGGCUGUUCAUCUUCCUCUAAAACAAACAUAAAUAAAUGAAUAAAUGGUAAGAGAGAAUCCGAUUCACUGAAAUCUUAAGGUGGGAUUAGCAAAAAUGUGCAGUGUUUGUUUUUUUUCCCAGUUCGACACUGUUGUCUUUUUCAGAAUGGGGGGGAUGUCUGUCUACUAUUUAUUUGCUUGCAAUUGAUCUUUAGCUUGAAUGUUUUCAAGGAAAGGCAGAUUUGAAUUGGGGGCACGGGAGCCUGUCCCGGUCUCUUUCUCUUUAUUUUAAAGCAACUUCCAGCAUUUCGGCAAGCUUUUUAAAAUUUUAUUUUAAAUUAAUUUUUUACUAUUCUGACCUGAUGAUUUGAUUCACCAGUUACCAACAUUUUGACAUGAUGUGCCCCAUAGAGAACACUGCCCCCCCCCCCCCCCC